CUUCCCUCAACUCUCAACAAAUUAAAUUGCUUCUUCACUCAUUCAUUUAUAUGAUCAAUAAUUCAUAGAGAAAAAAGAAACAUAAAGAAGUAGAAGAGAUGGACAUGGAUGAUGAUGAUAAGCUUAGUUUAUCAAUGAAGACGGUGGCCGCAACGGUGGCGGUGUUGAUUGCCGCCGUGCUUUCAUAUUUUCAGAAGCUUGGAAUGGAGAAGGAGAUGGUGUAUGCCUCAGUUAGAGCCAUAAUUCAGCUCUCUAUCGUUGGCUUUGUUCUCGAAUUCAUCUUCACUCGAAGAAAUGUGCUUUGGAUACUCCUCGCCUAUUUAUUUAUGAUUGUUUUAGCAGGUCACACAGCAGGCAAAAGAGCAAAACAUAUCCCGAAUGGAAGUUAUAUAGCCGGAAUAUCGAUUCUCAUAGGAACAAGUAUCACACUCUUUGUGCUUGUCAUGCUUGAUGUCUUCCCUUUCACUUCAAGGUACAUCAUCCCCAUUGCCGGUAUGAUGGUAGGCAACGCCAUGACAGUCACCGGAGUCACAAUGAAAAAACUCCGUGAAGAUCUCAAACAACAAAAGGACCUGAUAGAGACGGCACUGUCUCUCGGCGCGACACCGAGGCAAGCGAUACUGCAACCGGUGAAGAGGUCGGUGAGCAUUGCAUUGUCUCCGGUGAUGGACAGUGCAAAAACAGUUGGUUUGAUAACACUGCCAGGGGCAAUGAGUGGGAUGAUUGUGGGAGGUGCAUCUCCAUUGCAGGCUAUUCAGAUGCAGAUUGUGGUGACAAACAUGUUAAUUGGAGCUUCCACUUUGAGUUCCAUUAUUUGUGCUUAUCUCUGCUGGCCUGCUUUUAUUAACAGCAAUAUUCAGUUGGAGUAUACUGUCUUUGCUGCUGAUGAUUAGCUUUCAAAACUUUUUUUUUUAUUUUUUAUUUUUAUCUUCCUUUUUUUUUCUUUUUAAGUGGAUUCUCAAUGUUAUCAUGAAGUU